AUGGGCGGACUUAUCUCGAGGAAUUCGGUGGCUCCGCAGCAGCCUCUUUCUGUUGUGGCGGACAGUGUACUCUUGCAAACUGGGAAGGACAAGAACAACAAACACCACAAGUUUAACACGCUGGUACCAGACCCACAGGCAUCAAGUCAGUCGUCACAAAGCAGUUGUCGAAACUCAAGUCGCGCAGAUCUCCGUGUACAAUUUCUCAAGGCUGUGAAACGUGGAGACGUCUCUGCGAUGGAGGACUUGUUACAAAAGUAUCAACAACAGCCAGGGUCACAGAUUCCUGAAACUCAAGAAGAGGAAAGUGAAGAGGGCACAAAUGAAGAGUUGGUUAAUAUCCGAGGUAUGUGGGAGAGUACGCCACUGAUCUCCGCGGCGCAGUACGCACACUGCGAAGCUGCUCUUUGGCUACUGAACCAUGGGGCCAACCCUCAUGCCAGCAACGAGAAAGCUGUGACGGCACUAUUGCUGGCGAGUCUGGAAGGGCUGACACCCGUGGUUGUGCGACUACUUGAGACUAUGAACACACAGGAAAACUCUCUCGCUAUCGGACAAGUUGGUGUCGUGUACAAUUCCGCUGCAGACGUGAAUGUUCGGCUUAGUCCGCUGCUUGCAGCAAGUAUGAAUGGUCAUUGUGAAAUUGUUCGACUGGUUCUUAAGCAUGGCGCUGCAGUCAAUCAGCAAGUGGUUAUCAGCGUAGGCUCUGGAGCGACAACGAGCUCUGCCGUAUCAGGAGGAUCUACUGCUUUAUUGCUAGCUUCGCGAUAUGGACACGGCGACGUAGUAACUCUGCUUCUUGAACGAGGUGCAGAUUUUACGCUACUAGAUGGGGCGACAGACAGCUCAGCCUUAUUAUCAGCAUGUGAGCACGGCCACGAAGAGUGUGCCAUGUUGUUGCUUGAAGCGAUGACACUUUCAUUGACAGCGGGGCACAAAGCUCGUCGAUCCAGUGUUAUGGAGACUGAGAAGUGGCAAGCUGCCAACCACCAGGGCUUCACACCUUUGCACUUUGCAGCAGCGAAUGGGUUGCUUACCAUCUGUAAAGCACUACUAACAGCUCCAAAAGCGCAGCAGCAAAGUCUUGAGGAUGAGGUCAUGGCUACAGCUUUCGUGAACGCCCGAGCUGGGGCUCGACGUGAGAGUGCGCUGCUGCUCGCUGUUCGGAAACGACAGCAUCAAGUGGCACGUUUGCUGUUGGAAGCUGGUGCCGAUGCAGAGCUCGCAGAUCGAGGCGGAAAUACCGCGACGCAGGUGCUAGCUCGCAACAAACAAGAGGCAUUGCUUCAGCUGUGCGGAGCAGCCGUCAGCAAGUCGCAGCGUCAGCUUUCAAGCGAGUCUCCUACAGUUGAUGAUGUGUUGGUAUCUACAGCCCGCAGAUCAAACAAAGAAGUAGAACUUCGAGGAGCCGAAGCGAAUGACGCAGACGAACAUGAUGUCGCUGCCACAGAUACGCUAAUAGACGUGACUUCAACUUAG